AUGGCUUCUCAAGUAUGUCAGAACUUCCAUGCUGAGUGUGAGGCUGCCAUAAAUCCAUUGGUAAACCUGGAGCUGCAUACUAGUUAUACAUACCAGUCUAUGGCUUGCCAUUUUGAUCGUGAUGAUGUAGCCCUGUGCCACGUUGCUGAGUUCCUGAGAAAACAAUCACAGAACGCCUGGGAGCAAGCAGAGAAGUUUUUAAAAUACCAGAAGAAAAGGGGAGGUCAAGUGGUCCUACAGGACAUCAAGAAGCCAGAGCAAGAUGAGUGGGGAAAUAGCUUGGAGGUCCUACAGAAAGCCCUACAGCUGGAAAAGGAAGUGAACCAAUCCCUGUUGCAACUCCACAAACUGGCAAUGGAGAAAGGGGAUCCCCAUCUCUGUGCCUUCUUGGAGUCUGAAUACCUUGAGGAACAAGUGAAGACCAUCAGGUGGCUAGGGGACCAUCUCACCAACCUGAAGCACCUGGGCCUGCCCCAGAAUGGCAUAGGGGAAUACCUCUUCGACAAGCUCAUUUGUCAUUCAGCUACAGCAGAGCAGCUGAAUCUCCUUUAA